CCGGGCAACGCGCGUCACUUCCGGCGCUCCGCCGGCCGCUCCGCCGCGCCGCCCGCCCGCGGGUCCCGGUUCCGGGGCGAUGGUGAUGCCCGGCGGCGUCGCGGAGGCGGACGGGCCGGUGCGGCGGCUGCUGCGGGCCGGGGCGGUGGCCAGGUACAAGGUGAUGAAGAACUGGGGCGUUCUCGGGGGGGUGGCGGCGGCCGUGGCCGCGGGGAUGUACGUGCUGUGGGGACCCAUCACCGAGAGGAAGCGGCGCAGGAAAGGGCUUGUACCCGGCCUUCUGAACUUGGGAAACACCUGCUUCAUGAACUCCCUGCUGCAAGGUUUAUCCUCCUGCCCGUCCUUCAUCAAGUGGCUGGAGGAAUUUACAGCCCAAUACAAGACAGACCAGAACCCGUCCACUAAGCAUCGCUACUUGUCAGUCACUCUGCUGCAUCUCCUAAAAGCUCUGUCCUGUCAGGAGGUGACAGAAGACGACGUCCUGGACGCCAGCUGCCUGCUGGAAGUGUUACGGAUGUACCGGUGGCAGAUCUCUUCCUUCGAAGAGCAGGAUGCUCAUGAACUCUUCCAUGUCCUCACAUCUUCAUUAGAAGACGAACGAGAUCGUCAGCCACGUGUGACACAUCUGUUUGAUGUACAUUCGCUGGAGCAGCCAGCAAUAACCCAAAAGCAAAUAAGCUGCAGAACAAGAGGGUCUCUUCCCCCUGUGUCAGAUCACUGGAGAUCUCAGCAUCCUUUUCACGGGCGGCUGACCAGCAACAUGGUUUGCAAACACUGUGAGCACCAGAGUCCUGUGAGGUACGACACCUUCGACAGUCUCUCACUGAGUAUUCCAGCCGCUGUCUGGGGUCGUCCUAUGACGCUGGACCACUGUCUCCAUCAUUUCAUCUCCUCUGAAUCUGUAAAGGAUGUUGUGUGUGACAACUGCACUAAAAUUCGGGCAGAAGGGACUCUGAAUGGACAGAACAUAGAAAACCAGAGAACAACAUUUGUUAAGCAAUUAAAGUUAGGAAAGCUCCCUCAGUGUUUGUGCAUCCACCUGCAAAGGCUGAGCUGGUCAAACCAAGGCACUCCUCUGAAACGGCACGAACACGUCCAGUUCAACGAGUUCCUCAUCAUGGACAUCUACAAAUAUCGCAUCCCUGUGCAUAAAUCAAGCCAGAAUGAGCUGAACCAGAAAAACUCUGAAGAGGCAAUGCCUGGAACAAAGGAUGGGAUGGCAGUAAAACCAUCAGAUGCAGAACAGCCGUCUGGUCCUAAGCCACUCUUCAUGAAUGGUGCCUGCUCCUCUUCAUUUUUAACGUCCUCGGGAACUUUCCCACUUGCUGCAUUCCCUGAGUACAGUUCCCCCGUGUACCUCUACCGUCUGAUGGCAGUCGUGGUUCACCACGGAGACAUGCACUCGGGACACUUUGUAACGUACCGCCGCUCGCCGCCUUCUGCGAAGCACCCGCUGGCCGUCAGCAGCCAGUGGCUGUGGAUUUCGGAUGACACCGUUCGCAAAGCCAGCUUGCAGGAGGUCCUUUCUUCUAGCGCUUACUUGCUUUUCUACGAGCGUGUUCACUCAAGGGCGCAGCACCAAAGCUUGGAGCUGAGGGCUGAAGAGUGAUGAUGAGAGCAGAAGAAGGACAAAAACUGACAAAAUUCCUCUAAUGAGAUCUACGUUGCACCUCCUGUCCAUUAUGCAAGUAACCCACCACAGGCCCUUUAACGUCCCCCUCCCUCUGGCAAUGGCUGGCUCCUGCUGGGAGUGUUUUGUACCAAAAUUACGCUGCCCAAAGUUGGUCUGCUAACGUUGUGCAGUCCGAAGUAUAUCUGCAUUAAAGGAGCGUUCAUUCUGUUAAGUAGUAAUGUUGUCAACAUCACGGCUCUGAAACAGACUUUUCACACAGACUUCCUAAGGGUAUUUUCCAUAUUCUGAUGCAUACAUAAAUUUUCAAAGGGAGAUGCUUUAUACGCAUUUCACUGCAGACCUUUCUGAACAGGGGAGCCCUAGAAGCAGUCACUGGGAAGCUGCUGUUAUCAAAGGCAAUGAUUUAAGAAACAAAGUGCCUUGAGCUUAUUCAGAGAGCUACAUCACCAUUGUCUGAGUUCACUGUGUGUCCAUUACGUUCUGAUAAAUGCCUCAAGAUGAUGGGAUGAACUACUAACAGAAUCGGAUUUCUCUUGGUAUCCCAGCUAAUCAACAAAUAAGGCUUCUCUGCAUGCACGAUCCAAAAAACAACUUCCCUGUUCACAUGAUUUCCCUGAUAUUUUCCCUAAUAUUUUAGUUCUUUAUACAUCACAAAAGUACUUCUGCUGAUUCAAAGUGGUUUCCUUUUUUUAUCUAUUAAGAGCCGAGACCCCAAUUUAUUGCUCUGUCUUUGGAACAGAUCUGAAAUGAAGAGCCAGAAGUGUUUGCCUCCCAAUCAGUAUUGUCAUUUCCUUUGUCACUAUGAAACUGUUGAGUAUGGUUGCUUGUAGGAUCGACUACAACUUUUAAUGCUGUGAUUUCAAGGCUACUGUUAUUUGUGUUCUAGACUCGCCCUUCCUAUUUUAAUGCUGAAAACUACCAUUUCUCAUCAGCCAUUCCAACACUUGAGCUUACAGUCGAGCUUUAGAGCUUGUACCGGUCGUGAUUGUGAGCUGAGCUGUACAGCAACCCCAGCAUCCUCGUUACGUUGGACACACACAAUUACGUUGGGACUAGCGGCACUUUCUUGCUGCUGAACUGCUUCCCAAGACCUGAGAAGAUGAGUGUCACCGCAUUAGAUACACAGAUUGCCAAAUCAGUACAAGUAAGGUGUCCUUUGCUGCUCUAGAUUGUUUGACAUGUUAAGGGAAAAAAAAAAUCCAAACAAAGGGAGGGAGAAGCAGCAAAAAUUAUCCUUUUGACUGCUUUUAAAUGACCAGGAAUAAAAUAUAUAGGCUAUUUUUAGCUCUUUUCUAUCCUUGCAAGCUUGGAGGGAAAGAUUACUACAUCAGACAAGCUUUUUCAGUGUAAAACAGCAACUACGUUUUCAUAUGGUAACAACUGUCUUAAUAGAUUUUUAGGACAACUCUGUGCCUCAGACAUUCGCAUUGCUGGCCAAAGCUCAUAGGCAUUCAGAGCUCCGCUCGUAAGCAGCCAAAAUCAGAGUGGCAAUAGAUGUUUAGGAAAAACUAUUUACAUAGCUCAUCAUUCCAGAGUAUGGGUCACAAUUGCUGCUCCAAGUAAUGCUUAUAGCACAUAAGAGGCUUUACAAAUCCACUGAUGUUCCUGAGAAGGAAAAACAUCUUGCAAAGCAUCCAGCUCCAGCAGGUCAAGCAUUUGUACCUCUACAAUUCAAAACAUUUCCACUGCCAGCAGUGUAUAUUCUGCACUACCUGUCCUCAACAGGGCCUGUUAAAAGUUUUUAACUCUGAAUUUUUGUGAAGUUCAUCUGAACAGGUCACUUUGUUUAGAAAGCAGUAACGCUGGAGGUGGGUCAGGCCAUCCACACGCAGUAGAAUAAGUCUUAAACUCAUCAGCUGGUAACAGAGAUGUGAAGCCAUAUAUUACUGCAAAAUUGCUUUUUCAAUAUAUUUUGUUUUUCCUUUUGCAUAGAGCUGCUUUCCAACUGGGGCCAGUUUGAGAAUGAAAGCACAGUCACUGUAAGACACAGAUGAACUGCUCAGUUUACUCUGAAAGCUUCCUCAAGGGCUAUAAGGCUGAGGGUUGAGUAGUCAGCAUUUGUUCUAGCUGUCACCGUUAGGAAGGAGGAGAAGGUCAUGGCUUAGCCCUCAGGGUGGGGAAGCAAGCAAGUAUCAGCACCUCAGUCCUGGUCCUGAGCUGUUGUAGCUACUCCCAGCCUACACGGAACAUCCAAGACCUCUGCAGGUGUUGCCACCCAACCCUCGCCUGAAGUCAUGGGCUCUGUGCAGGCAAAUGAGACUCAUCAAACUCGCAAGCUUCCACGGUGGAGAAGGUGGUAAUAAAAUGUAAAGGCUUUAAAAAAAAAAUCAUAUAAGACCUCCAAGAUGACAUCUCUGUGUUUGGAUUAUUCUUGUCUUAUUUUGUGCAUUAUUUAAAAAUGUAUGAUACUAUAGUCAAACUGCUGCACUGCUGUUUGAAGUUGCAUUUUCACUUCGGGGUAUUUUUGUAAUUGUACAGUAGCAAUAAAAGAACAAACUUAUUAGAAAAA